UAAAGAAACAUUAUGGGGAGAAAAUGAGGAGUCUGAAAUCCCAGUUAGAAGCUUACCGAGAGCUGUUAAAUAAGAGCAACACACACUGGCAAGCUACAGUUAAGAGCCUGAGGGAAAGAAACAGACAACUGAUCCAGGAGAGGGAAGAUCUUCUUCACCAAAUGAAGCAACAAACAGAGAAAUGGGAAGAAGAAAAGGUGUGGCUUCUAGAAAAUUUGUGUAAAAACCUAGAUUAUCUUUACACCCAGCACACACUGACUUUGCAGGAACUUCACAACAUCAGCCUACAUGUGGAAAGAGUGCAUGACCUCAUGAAUUUCCAGAUAAAAAUUCUUCAGCAAAAGUCUGAAAAGACAGGAGAAAAAGCAGAUGUGUCAGAGGUUUUAGAAUUAAAAGCAGAACAAGCAGCUAAUGAAGAAGAGAAUCUUGAAUGGUCAAUGGAAAAGGCAUAUCUUUGGCAAGCACACACCAUGCUGCAAAAGAUACAGGAAUCUUUACAUAAACGAGAGAGAGAAGUCACUGAGCUCCUACAAAGUGAAAGACGAUAUAACAAGGCAAUGAAACCUCAAAUCACAGUGCUAAUGUUCUUGAAAACUCUUGUCAAGAAGGUUCACACCAUGUAUUGUGAUGUCCCUGGGAUACCACAGUACAUCAGCCAGCUUAUCAGGAAGAACAAGGAUGAAAGGGCUGAUCGGAAAGAAGCCUUUAAUGAUGCUCAGGCUGAUAUUCUGUCCUAUGAAGUAUUUUAUGGAAAUGAACCCAUGGAUGACAAAAGGUAUAUUGGAUAG